GAAUUACGGAAGCAGAUUGCGGGAGAGCUGGUUUACAUCACGUUGGACAAUGUGGAUCAGUGGUUGAUUCGCGACAGCAACGGCGUGCUGAUACCGCUCAUGGGCGGCUACAAACCACCCAAAACGGACUCGCAAGGCAUACCUGUAUCUCCUGGAUCCGCCGUACAGUUGGAUUGCAUCUUCACCGAAGCCACUGGCGAGUGUACUCCUGAUGACUUGACAACCUUUACCGUCAUCUCAUAUGCACCCGCACCGUCAACACUCGAGAAAACCAUAUUCCAGAGCCUCCUGGUCAUGGUUCUCGACUACCCAGAUUGCGGCUUCCCCGCUACCACCACAGAGGAAGAAAUCCGGACCAUCUACCUGGGCCCAAAUGGGGAUGGCAAGGGGGGCCUUGCUGAAAAGUACACGCAGUGCUCCUACGGGAAGUUCAACCUUAACAUAACUGCCUUCCGGGCUGUGCGUGUGACGCACCAGUGUUCGACACCUAUCACGACUACCUGUGCCGCCUGGGCAAUGUCCAUCCUGGCGGAUGCAGCCACCAAAGCCCUCAUCGGCCCUGCAGCCUUCUCAUCCUUCAGCCACUACACCUACAUAGUGCCACCGGGCCUUCAACCAGUGUGCCCCUGGUCAGGGCUGGCAAUAUUGCCAGGCCGGCAGACCUACCUGCAGACAUCAGCCAAUGGAGUGUACAGAUGGGCAACAGUAAUGCAGGAGGCCAUACACAACUAUGGGCUAUGGCACUCUUGGCAAAACGGCACAGAGUACGACGACUACUCCACAGCUAUGGGCCGUGGUGACGCGUGCCCCAACGCUGCGGAGAUCUCCCGCAUGGGCUGGGCCACACCUGCGGUCGGAGGUGACCAGCUGAACAGCAGUGCCUUGCUGCCAGGCACAGCUCGGACCUUUACACUGCCUGCCACCUACCUGACUGGCAACAACAACUACCUGCGGGUGACUCCCGAUUGGCUACCUGUCUACAACAAUACAUUAAUGGGUCGAAACCUUUACAUCGCCGUCCGUGUUGCCAAGAAUGUUGAUUCCGGCCUAAGCAACACCAUAUAUGCAUCCAAGGUCAACAUCCACGAAGUAAAUGCAACCAUGGACAAUGGCUACCCCGCGACCUUCACAAACAGCGACCGCAAAAUCCAGUUCAUCAACACCGUCGAUCCCAUGUCGCAGUUGGCAAUGGGCGCCUAUCAGUUGGUCGUGUAUGGGGGCUCCUGGGUCGGUACGGACACCCUGAGGGUGCACCUCUGCCGCUUCUUGACCUCACCCUCAGAGUGCCCUUCCCUAAGCACCCUGGAAGUCCAGCCACCGCCGCCUACCCCUUCACCGCGUCCCCCCAGCCCGUCAGCAACCUCUAGGAUGCCGCCUCCUAGGCCAUCCCCUUCACCACGUAGUUUGUCUCCGCCGCCACGCAGCCCAGUGCCCACACCA